CAGUAGUCUGGCUGAAACAACUGUCAUUUAGAGUGAGUGGACAUGAUGGGGAAGUCAGAGCGAGGGCUGGAAAACACGAAUUAACGUUUCAAAAAGUAUCUAAAACAACUUUUAAAAGUUACUUGUGUGUUGGUUUCUGCUUACGUCGGCAUGUUUUAGUGUUUUGAAGAGAAGCAGCAGAAGCUUUGGCAGUACGUCUUUCUUACUGCGACAGGAUUUGCAGCCAGUUUCGGAGGAUGUCAGCCCCCAGCAACUCGCUUCAGCAGCCGCGGGUCAGACGCAGCAAUGCGGGUUCCCCUGGCUCCAGCAGCAGCUGCCGUCUGCACCCCAUCCGUGCCACCGUGCCCUACCAGCUCCUGCGUGCGGGUCAGAACAGCCCUACGCGGACGCAGACCCUCUAUGGAGGAGCCACGAACAGCCGGGGCUCCAGUCCCCCCUCCAGCCCGAUCCUCAGUUCAGGAAGUGCUAUUGCUAAGCAAAGACUGUCCCCCGAAAGUAAGGACUCCUCCUGCCCCCCAGACUCUCCUGUUUCAAGAGCAGAAAGGUCCAAGUUACAAGUUCGAAGUUCCAGUGCCAUCCGGCGGACAUCCUCCCUUGACGCCAUCACGGGUCCAUACCUCACUGGCCAGUGGCCCCGGGACUCCCAUGGACCCUACCCUUCCUGUAUGAAAGACAAAGCCACACAGACUCCAGGUCUCUGGAUUGAUGAGGGAGCAGAUCAGGGAAGUCCUCACCAGCGGUCAGCCUCCUGGGGAAGCGCAGACCACCUGAAAGAGCAGAUUGCUAAACUGAGACUGCAGCUGCAGCGCAGCAAACAGGUCAGCCGGCAGAGCAAAGACAGGGAGCAGAGCUCUCUGCAGCUGUCCCAACAGACGCAGCAUGGCAUUGCAUGCCAACCACAGUACAAGGGAACUUCGUCAGCCUUGUCGGCAGUCCCGGUGCCAAAGUCCCUCAUAUGCCGAGUGCCGAGCAGUGUGGAGGGCAUCAACCACGAGCUAGAAAAUGUGUUUAUCAAAGAGGACUGGCAGCAGGGGAUACAGACCAUGGAUGUGGUAGAUGGCCGCCGUGCUCCCUUCCCUCCUCAUCACUACAGCAGCAGUGGGGACACACGUGACACGGACACACAGGCACCUUCGAGUGGUGACUCCAGCCCGUUGCUCUGCCCGUUCAGCUCUGACCACCUCCAGUCCCCCGAUGGAAGCCCGUGUUCAGCUGAGGAUAUCGACAAAGACGGUGUGUGCAGUUCUCCUCUCCCAAAGUUCGCCACUUCUCCAAAACCUAACAACAGCUACAUGUUCAAACGGGAGCCUCCCGAGGGCUGCGAGAAGGUCAAAGUGUUUGAGGAGCUGGUGUCUGGCAAAUCAAAAGGCUUCCCCCUCUUCUCGUGCCCCGAUAAAAACAAGGUGAACUUCAUUCCCAGGGGCUCUGCCUUCUGCCCCGUCAAACUCCUCUGCUCCUCCCUCUUCUCCCCCGUCUCUCCAUUGUCCUGCUCCUCCGCCAACUCUGGUCUCCAUGGCAACGACAGCCCUGGGCCUCAGGUGACCCCAACUCAACCCACUGCACCACUAGCUACCUUUCCGGCCUCCGCUGACUGGAGCACCGAAACAAGCACAGGCGUAAACACAAACAACAGCACAGACAGCCAGAGUCCCGACACAGACAUGGGGAAAGACGGCUCCGCACAAGUACUCCUCACCAGCUAGUCCUCAGGUAUUCAUGAGCAAACCGCCUACAGCUCAAACAACCUCAGGUGGUUUGGUCUUAAAACAAAGAGAAAAGAGAAAAAAAAAAAGAAAAACCGCAAAAAAUAGUCCUUGCACUCCGUUAAUCCUAACGUCAGCCAGCAGGGAGUGCCCAAGGUUUAAAAAAAAAAAAAAAAAGACAAACAAACCAGCACUUUCGCUCGGUCAGUGUUUUCUUCCACUCUGCGUGAACUCAAGAAAGCUUGAUGGUUUUGUAGCUGUCAACCAGACUUAAGAGAGUGAGCUGACCUUGGGCACAGCUUCCCCUUUACCCACAACUAACUUAGCCUUCUCCUCUGAACCCCGACAAGAACCCUUAACAAGAAAUAGCUUUGCUUAUUUUUGCAAAAAAGAGAAUACAGCUCCAAAUAUUGUGUUACAUAGUGCCUGCAGUUUAAUCAAGAAACAAUGAAAAAGGAAACCUAAACUUUGAAAAGAGACAACACUGAGGUUGUCGGAGAAACAUAUUCUACUCAUGUAAUCUAACCAGCUUCUUAGCUGUUCAGUGUUCAGCGAGCUAACAACUUUAGUAUGUAUACAUAAGCUUUUUUUGACAGGAUGGGAAAGUGAUUAGUUUCAUAUUUUUACCAUAUCAGGAUGUCUUACAGUCACAGUACAUCGCCCCACAUUAACCACAAUGUUUGCACUUGUUAAGACCUGGCUCAGAAUGAUACAAGCCAUGGCCUAUUUUCUGUUUGUUUAUUUGAUAGUGUUUGUAGCACAGUUGUCUUAUGUGAAACCAGCGGCUGCUUCAGUGCAGGCUACACCCCCGACAGGCAUACAAGCCAAGAUGUGAGAUCUGCAUUCUUAGUCUGGUCACUUUUUUAAAAACUUGGUUAGCUCAACACAAAAUGCAUAUCAGCUGUUUUAUUUUCUCCUCAGUGACCAAAUAACCAACCCCCCCCCCCAUAACCUUGUUUUACGCCCCUCGUUACACAGAACAGUAACUCAGGUGAAGUGGAAUGUACUUGCUCAGACGAUGUUGCCUUUCAGAGUGUUUGACUUCCUUUCUCCAGGAAGACAUUCCAGUCUUUUGCAGAACAGUUGUAUCCCCCUCCCUCCGCCCCCCUGCAGAGUGGCGUUAUAACGAACUGAAUCAAUUGAUUGAUGUCACAGGUCGUGACACGGACGACUUUAUGAAUUAACCUGUUCAGGUUAGAGUUUCAGGUGCUUUGAAACAUUCCACAGAUCACUGUUGCAUCGGUCAGAUGCGGAAAAACUCAAGUAAAUACAACUAGCUACAUAAGCUACACCCGCCUGAAUUCAGAAGUUGACAAAUGUGUCAUUUCUCCCCCCCCCAGAUCCUGCUUUCGUUAAAUAUGAACCAAAGUACAUAAUGAUGAUGAUGAAACGACUGUCAUAUAUCAGGGACCAAGGAGGCCUCUUAUUUUGGCGGCAGAAGCAGGAAGUUGAUGUGCACUUGAUGUGAUGUUUUGUUUUUAAACAAUUCGGCAACAUGUAAACACUGGUUUCUAAUGUUUCUAACAGGGGGGGUUGGGGGGGGGGGGGGGGGGGGGGGUGGUGAUCCUAAAACCAACGGCGGAGCACUUAAUGUGGAAAUGAGAUGAUAAUCACUUUUUUGACCAAUUUCUAAAACAAUCAGAACUUAAAGAGUGCAAUCGAUUUUGUUUUGAAGUAAAGCUACACUAACGAUGUUUGUGUAACACAGAUCCGAUAUCAGAUAUGUCCAAACACGACCAGAACAGAACCAAACAACUGAUUCGGUUAUCUGGUGAAUGUUUGAUUCCAAAAACUUUGUUCCAUUAAAACCCACUUACACUUAAAAAAAAAAAAAAAAAAUAUGAACAAUAUGCAACACAUUCCACACAAAUAAAGUUCAGAUGAGUCACACUUUUUCUGCUUACAGCUUCAGGAGUUUCAAUCAAACUAAAACUGAUUUCAUUCACAAGCUCAUUUUUGCAGUGCGGAUAAGUAAACGGUUGCCAUGUUCGGCAUUGAUGAUUCAGUUCUCCUGUGUAUUACGCAUUUUUAUGUAGAUCUUGUGUGUGUGUUUUUCAAUAAAGAAAACAGAAAAAAAAAC